CCACUUCAACGCCUAUACAUUGAAACAGUUGGCAGCACCGUGCGGUUUCUCACACGUGCAUUUUCUUAACAAGUUGUUACUUUAUUUUCUUUGAAUUUUCUACAAAAACAAGGCACUAAGAAUGUCGCUUUUGCGUAUCAGGAAACCCAAGACCCGGAAGGGUAAAAAGGUUCUCUUGGCGAGGGAGCCACAGUUGAUUGAAUCCGCCCGCACUAUGCUGUUUUUAGAUGGUAGAAAGUGUGGAGGCAAUGUUAAGCUGUGCAUGAAGGAUCUUCAGUCGCUAAAAAAACCAUUGGUAAAGGUCCUUAAUAGGAAGAACGAUAUUACUCCCUUUGACGACCCCUCUUCUCUGGAAUUCUUAACAAUGAAAAACGAUGCCGCGCUGUUUUCAUUUGGUUCCACAUCCAAGAAGCGCCCCGACAACAUAAUUUUGGGCCGAAUCUUUGAGAACGAGGUACUGGACAUGUUCGAGUUGGGGAUCAAGAGGUAUCAGGCAAUCUCAGAGUUCAAAAACGAAAAGAUUGGAACUUGUGUAAAGCCUUGCUUGGUGUUCAAUGGUCCCAAAUGGGCCCAAACCGAGGAGCUUCGGCGCCUUCGCAACCUUUUUAUCGACGCCUUCCAAAGGGAGAAGGUUGAGUCAAUUCGUCUUCAGGGCAUUGAGCACGUCAUCAGUUUCACUGUCACCGACGACAUGAACAUCCUCAUGCGCUCCUAUAAGAUAUUGUUAAAGAAAUCUGGCCAAAAGACGCCACGAAUAGAGCUAGAGGAGAUAGGACCCUCUGCUGAUUUUGCUAUUCGCCGCACCAAAAUUGCUAGCGAAGAUCUGUAUAAGCAGGCCCGCAAACAACCGAAGCAACUUAAGGUUGUCAAAAAGAAGAACAUCAGCACCGAUGCCCUGGGCAACACGAAGGGCCGUGUCCAUCUGGGCAAGCAACAAACUGGAUCGAUACAGACUCGUCGCGUGAAGGCACUCCGGAAAACACCCGAGGAGAAGAAAGAAAACCGCCAGCGCAAGAAAGUUGCUCUGAAAGCAGCCGCUGCCGAAGCCAUCGCCGCAUCGCAAUGAAACUAUUCACCUUUCUUUUUAUAGUUAGCAUUAGAUAUAAUAAAUUGGUCCAGAUUAAAGUAGCGUUAAAAACUA